AUGGGGAGCCUCAGCCAGCAAUGUGGGAUGCUGUUGAUAUCCAUAGGCAUCUUCCUAGCUGGUUUUAUGUCAUUUAGCUUUGCUUCUCCUGUCAUUAAACGCUUUGAGUUUAAUGUGGAGUGGAAGAAGGUGAGAAGGUUGGGCCAUACAAAGCAACUUCUAACUGUGAAUGGACAGUAUCCAGGGCCAACCAUUGCAGUUCAUGAAGGUGAUACUGUUCGAAUCAAGGUCAACAAUUGCAUGAAUGAAAAUACAACCAUUCAUUGGCAUGGGGUGAAGCAACUAAGAACAGGAUGGGCAGAUGGUCCAGCUUACAUAACACAGUGUCCUAUCAGAGCUGGUGAAUCAUACACAUACAAGUUCUCAGUGAAUGAUCAAAGAGGGACACUAUGGUGGCAUGCACAUAAUUCAUGGCAACGAGCUUCUGUGCAUGGUGCCUUCAUCAUUUACCCUCGCAUGCCUUACCCAUUCUCCUCUACUCCCAUUGAAGCUGAGAUUCCUAUUCUCUUUGGUGAAUGGUGGAAUGGAGAUGUGGAAGAAGUUGAAAACGAGAUGUUGAAACAUGGAGGUGGGCCUAACGUUUCUGAUGCCUACACCAUAAAUGGCUUACCAGGACCUCUAUAUCCUUCCUCUACCAAAGACACAUUCAUUUCAACAGUAGAAAGGGGGAAAACUUACCUGCUGAGAGUCAUCAAUGCAGCACUCAACAAUGAACUUUUCUUCGCCAUAGCCAAUCACACAUUGACAGUGGUGGAAGUUGAUGCUGCAUACACAAAGCCCUUCAAUACCACAGCCAUUAUGAUAGCUCCUGGCCAAACCACCACUCUCCUGCUCAAUACAGAUCAAGUUCCAGAGCACUCUCAAAUGUUCCCAAUGGCUAUCACACCCUAUGUAACUUCAAUUUUCCCCUUCAACAAUUCCACCUCCAUUGGUUUCUUGAGAUACAACAGCACAAAAAUCAAGAAAUUUAGCUCACAAAUACCUGAAAACCUCCCAGAAAUGAAGGAUACUGAGUUUGCUACGGCAUUUUUGAACAAACUCCGCAGCCUUGGAUCUCCUAUGUACCCAUGUAAUGUUCCUAAGACGGUUCAUAAAAGAGUUGUCAUAACUAUAAGCCUCAACCUUCAAGAUUGCCCGUCUGGGAAAUCUUGCCAGGGUUUGAACGGGAAGAGCUUCUUUGCUUCUAUGAACAAUCAAUCCUUCGUUCGUCCGGCUUUGUCCAUAUUGGAAUCGCAUUACAGAAACACGGCUUCUAAGAGCUACUCUUCCGAUUUUCCAGAAAAACCUCCGAAGGUUUAUGAUUACACGGGUGCGAACCCAUUGACGAACAACAUGAACGCAAAAUUUGGAACUAGGGUUUUGGAAGUUGCAUACGGGACAGAUUUGGAAAUCGUGUUUCAGGGGACAAGUUUUUUGAAUGUGGAGAAUCAUCCAAUUCAUGUUCAUGGGCACAAUUUCUUCGUUGUCGGCAGAGGAUUUGGGAAUUUCAAUGUGGCCAGGGAUCCGGCGAUGUAUAAUCUCGUCGAUCCGCCGGAGAGAAACACGGUAGCGGUAUCGAUCGGAGGCUGGGCGGCCAUCAGAAUCAGGGCGAACAAUCCAGGAGCUUGGUUUAUACAUUGUCAUCUUGAAGGACAUACCUCUUGGGGUCUUGCAAUGGGACUCAUCGUUCGAAAUGGAGUAGGCGAAUCAAAAUCUCUGCUUCCUCCUCCUAAGGAUCUUCCUCUCUGCUAGAACAAUUCACGAACUUAUUAGAUUUAACUUAUAAAAUAUUUUUAAAAAUUCAAGAAUUAAGUAAAU